UCACUCACCUGCUGCUCACUGCUCAGCACGUUCGCGAAUUUUUCAACUUCUGGAAAAUUCAAUGUAUAUGAUUUAAAUAUACCAACUUAUCCAACAAUUAGCAAUAAACAAACACUUAAAAUUAAAUUCAAAGUAGUAAUAAAUAAACACGGCUCUCUCCUUCUUCUUCGAUCGGAAGUUUCCAUAAUUUGUAGGGAACCAUGAACCGAGAUUCCGAUCACCCUCACCUCCCCACCAUCAAGAUCCACCACCACUCCUCCUCCACCCCCACCCCAACCGCCGGCGCCCGCCGUAAAAUCGGAGUCGCCGUCGACCUCUCCGAGGAAAGCUCCUUCGCCGUUCGCUGGGCCGUCGAUCACUACAUCCGCCCCGGAGACGCCGUCGUCAUCCUCCACGUCUCUCCCACGUCCGUCCUGUUCGGCGCGGACUGGGGCCCCCUCCCUCUCCAGACUCAGCCCAGCCAGGAGGAUUUCGACGCGUACACGGCCUCUAAAGUAUCCGAUCUCGCGAAGCCGUUGACGGAGGCUGGGUUUCCUCACAAGGUUCAUAUAGUGAAGGAUCACGAUAUGAGGGAGAGGCUGUGUUUGGAGAUCGAGAGGCUGGGGCUUAGCGCUGUGAUCAUGGGGAGCAGAGGGUUUGGUGCUGAGAAGAGGGGGAGUGAUGGGAAGCUUGGGUCUGUUAGUGAUUAUUGUGUUCAUCAUUGUGUUUUUCCUGUUGUUGUUGUUAGAUUCCCUGAUGAUCGUGACGGUUGUCCUGCUGCUUCUGCUCCUGGAGGUACUAAGGAGGCUAUUGUUACCGUUAAAUCAGGUAGGGAUGAUGAGGCUAAGAUUGCUGCUGCUUUGGCUCAUCAUGAGCACAUUAAAGUUAAUAAUCAUUCAAGCGUUUAUCCCGAAACACUUAUUUCCUCGCCGAAUCAGAUGAGUAAUGGGCCCUUAGUAUCUCAUUUGAUUCACCCUCUUCACAGCCAGGUACAACUGAUGGAUGGAAACAAAGGGGUUCAGUGUGAUUGUGUGUGUGCUUUGUGCUAUCUUUUGCAACCAUGAAGUCUCUGGAAUCUCUUCUGGAUUUUUAUUAUUCUCAGUCCUCUCUUUUUUAAUGAUUCACCCGUAUGAUUUUCACAUUGUUUAAUGAAAAGAGUUUGUUUAAACACAAAACCCAUUUGGGAUAAUGAUCUUCAUUCAUCAAGCUGA